AUGAGUCAGUCUCAAUCCUUCCAGAGAGAUACUGCCUCUGCAUCUCCUGAGAGUCCUAAAGAAGGUGACUUCUCCCCACGACAGCUUUGUGACAACCCAGAGAGCCUGAAGGAAGCACAAGACAUUGACGACCAGAAAGAUGCCAUUGUUAAUAUCCUACCUGACAACUUCUACAGCUUUCCUUCUGAACACUCAAAUCUCUCUGUUCUUCUGAGCAGUCUAGACUCACCAAAGUUCAUGGUGCCAACAUUACACAUGCUGGAUAGAAGACUCAUUACUUUGGUAAGCACUCACACCCAGACAGAUUGGGAGGAGGAGGAGCAGAGGCUCUCUAUCAGCUGUCAAGCUGAAAACCUGACGCAGAAGGAGUUAGAUGGAAAGAUUGAUGUGAACUCUCAUGCACCCGUCACGAGUGAGGAAGAGAGGGAAACUGCGACGGAGGAAGCAAGAAAAGGGUUGAGACAUUUACAACUCAAGAGAAAACCUAAAAUAGACAUCUUGGAUGGGGACUUAAAAAUAUGAUUAAACCUUGGGCGUAUUGAGAUCAAACAUAAAACGCUCUAAAGGCUGUCAAAAGAGAUUCCUUACAUCAGUGAUAAGACCCACAUCCCUGAGAUAGACAUCAAAAACACUCCUGACAUGUUUACACUACAGGAAGAGACAGAUGGUGAGCCAAAGGUACGUUUGAAGCUGAAAGCAAUUAAGAAGUUCUACAAAAGUGGGGAAUGUUUUCUCACCUUGUGUCCUGAUGGAAUGGGUAAUGUUUUUUAUCCCUCUGGGAAAGCAGCCAUUAUAUUAUCCUCUGCAGAAGCGGCUGACUUCACUUACAUAAUCCUUGAGGACAAGGACAUAGCGCCCAACUUCAAAGGCUUUUCCACAAAUAAAGGCCAGUGCACAUGCUACCAUCCCAGUGAAAUGUAUUGGUUAAAUCUGAAGCCUGUUGGAUGUCUCUGCUUCAGUGAUACAGGAACUUUAAGGAGGCGUUGGAAGUGCUUGUAUUUUGACCUACAUGUGCAUGACCUUCCAUUCAAGCCUGUAAUCUUUGCCCUGGGCCUUCACAUCAGUGUGUGCAUACACUCUGAAGGCUGCAGGUACAUCACCUUUGCAUAUCAGCAAAACACACUACACUUCACAGUUGGAUCAAAGCUGAAGCUCAUUUAUCCAGAGAGCCAUGACAAGCCAGGCCAAGACGCUCUGAAGAGAUAUAUCCAAAUGAAGAGCUCAAAGAUUUACUCUCUGCUCAGCCAGAUGCAGACCUGCAUGUCCCACCACCCUGCAAAUCUGAGCCACAUUAAACCACAUUACAGUUUCAUUGCUGGGCUUAGCAGACAAAUGGAAAAGUAGAAGUCACCAGAAAAGAUAAAAACCCAUCUAAAUUUAAAGAGAAAUUGA